ACUGUGAUUUUUUUUUUUUUUUUAGCUUUGAAAUCUGAAGGGGAUGAUUACUAUAUUAAUGGUGCCUGGACUAUUGACUGGCCUCGGAAGUUUGAUGUUGCUGGGACAGCUUUUCACUACAAGAGACCAACUGAUGAACCAGAAUCUUUGGAAGCUCUAGGUCCCACCUCGGAAAAUCUCAUUGUCAUGGUUCUGCUUCAGGAACAGAAUUUGGGAAUUAGGUAUAAAUUCAACGUUCCCAUCACUCGGACUGGCAGUGGAGACAAUGAAGUUGGCUUUACGUGGAAUCAUCAGCCUUGGUCAGAAUGCUCAGCUACUUGUGCUGGAGGUGUCCAAAGACAGGAGGUGGUCUGUAAAAGAUUGGAUGACAACUCUAUUGUCCAGAACAAUUACUGUGACCCUGAGAGUAAGCCACCUGAAAAUCAAAGAGCCUGCAACACUGAGCCCUGCCCACCUGAGUGGUUCAUUGGGGAUUGGUUGGAGUGUAGCAAGACUUGUGAUGGUGGAAUGCGCACCAGGGCAGUGCUCUGCAUCAGGAAGAUUGGACCUUCCGAGGAGGAGACACUGGACUACAGUGGUUGUUUAACACACCGGCCUAUCGAAAAGGAGCCCUGCAACAACCAGUCAUGUCCACCUCAGUGGGUAGCUUUGGACUGGUCAGAAUGCACUCCCAAAUGUGGUCCAGGAUUCAAGCAUCGGAUUGUUCUGUGCAAGAGCAGUGACCUCUCUAAAACAUUCCCAGCUACACAGUGUCCAGAAGAGAGCAAACCCCCUGUCCGUAUCCGCUGCAGUUUGGGUCGCUGCCCUCCUCCUCGCUGGGUGACUGGAGACUGGGGUCAGUGUUCCGCUCAUUGUGGCCUUGGCCAGCAGAUGAGGACUGUGCAGUGUCUCUCCUACACUGGACAGGCAUCUGGUGACUGUCCAGAAACUGUUCGGCCCCCAUCGAUGCAGCAGUGUGAAAGCAAAUGUGACAGUACCCCCAUUUCCAAUACUGAAGAGUGCAAAGAUGUGAACAAAGUGGCUUAUUGCCCACUGGUGCUGAAGUUCAAGUUCUGUAGUCGAGCAUACUUCAGACAGAUGUGUUGUAAGACCUGCCAAGGACACUGACCCACGGAAAGCCAGAGAGAGCGCCUUGUCAUUUCAUCGUGAAAAUGCGUCCAUCAAAGAGAACCACCCAGAGGAAGAGGACUGAUGGCCUUGCAAAUGCAUUACCCUGUGGAAAACGUAACCACUGGUCAGCCCUAGCUGACAGGAUUUCAAUAUUAUUUUAACUUCUGUGAAGUGGGAUUUAUUGAUCCAAAGUGCUGGACACGGUAUUAAGGAGGGAAUGCCAGAUCGGAGAGAUCCAAACAACACAGGGAGACUUGCUUACUGUGGAACGUUUGUGUUCUUUCGAGUAAAUCCAAUAGCCUGUUUACCUCCUUGGACCAUUAAGAUAUUUUUUAUUAUGGACUUAGCAAUGACACUGAAUCCAUUUGUAUUUAAAACUGUUUAAAAUGUAGCUGUUAUGACUUGGUCAACUAUGGAAGUAAAAGAAGAUUCAGAAAUCUUAAGUCAUAGCUUAAAAAUAUUUACUAUACUUUAUCUCACUACAACAGCACCACAAUUUAAAUUCUAAAAUGGGCUUUUAAUUGUAAUUUAAGGAGCAAUUAUAAAUCAAAAGUAAUGAAAGUUUGUAUUAUUUUUCUUCAUUCCACCUAAUUUCCUUAGGAAUAAUCCCCCUGUUCUGAACACUGCUGUGAGCCAUAUAUAAACUAUAUUAAACCGAACAACAGUGAAGGACUUAGCUGAAGGCAGUGCAUCAGUUACUGCAGCUGUGCAAGUCUAUAAAUUCUGUGCUAAAAGACUGUGGCCAACUUGCCAUUGUGCAAGUGAAGCUGAGAUUUCCAUUAAAACUUUAAGAGAAAAACAUUUCGAUUUCAUGCAGAAGCCAGACCAGGGGUACGGUAGAGCCGAAGAACCAGGCCCUUUGCUGCCAUCACACAGGAUGCCUCAGUUCUUCUCUGAGUCACCCCACCUCAAUUGUGUUUACAUCCUCACCAGCCACAGAGAAGCUUCUGCCCCGUUGGAUUGUUGCACGCGUGUCGAGCUUACUGAAAUGAUGCCGUGCAAAAGAUAGACUGGCUCAGUAACAACAGGCAGAUCCUUUUGCUGACAAUUGUGAUGGGUUCCAGAUGUCCCUUCUUUGAUAUGGCAGAAGGGCAUUUAUUUAUAUGAGAGCAAGUGUGUGUGUGUGCGGGCGCUUUUGAGUGUGUGGGUUAGAUGAGUGUGCUUGCACGUAAAUGUGCUAUUUCUGUGAGUUUUAAAGUAGGCAAGGGAUAACAACCAAAGAAGAAAAACUCAUGAAGCCUAAAGAUCAUAAAGCAUAAUUUUAAUAGUCACUCAACCAACUAUUUUGUAUUUGUUAUGGAUACUCUGAAUGGCAGUUAAAUGUGAAACCAAGUUUCUUGGGCAAGUCAAUUCUAGAAUCAAAUCCAGAAUCCUAAAUUAAAUCGACUAGCUCAUAUUUUCCCUAUCCACAAAUAAUUUCGUAUCAUGCUCAUCAAAAGCUUCAACAGUGGGAUUAAAAGAAAGGUAAAAAAAGAGGGUACUUGUUUAUGUUUUGUACUUGAACACUUGUAGCUUGCAGCAGGUUCUUGAUGAAUGUGCUUUGUAUCCUACAGGUGUGUACACCGUGCUACACCAACACCUCAAACUCAAACCAAAUGGCUACUUUGUAAAGAUACUACUUGCAGUUAAAGAGUAUGUUUGACUUAAACCCAUCACUGUGUGUGCUCAGACUACAUGUCAGGUGUAUCGCCUACACCGUGACCUAAGGUAGAAUGAUUAGCUUUUUUCAGAAAGGGAAAGAGACUCACAGACUUCAAAAACCAACCUAAACGUCAGGUUUGCUAUGGACAGUCAGCAUGGGAUGUUGUUCUGCACACUCAGUUGUGGUCAUCCCUAUUUUCUCGCCUGCUUUCUCUCUCAACACCACAGCUCAUGUCCCUGAGCUUGCCAGAGAAAGCUCCUGACAAUACACAGAAAUUGCCAGGGCCCCUCUGUAUUCUGCCCUGAGAAGUCAAGCCCAAGUGCCAUCUAUUCAGUGAAGACGAGGCAGCCCAUGAGCAGCAUGGCCCCAGCACUGAAUUCCCUUGGUCCCUUGCAAAGAGCAGUUAACUUGGUGCUAAUGUGCCCUGGUGAAAUAAAUAAAAGAUGAGUGGUUUCUGUGGCAUUUUAGGCAUAGAUUUCCUGUCAGGAUCUGUUUUUCCCCACAUAAAUAUCAGCUCAUGUUUUUAUUCCAAAAAGAUUUCUUGCAUUACUGACUUAAGUCUAUUCUACGCCUCACCUGGAAACGAAUGUUGUGAGGACCAUUGCUCUGGGCUCCCUUGACUGACGUUAGAAGAGGGGGCAGCUAGUGUCGCAAGGCCAGGAGCAGAGAGCUUCACAGCGCAGCAUCGGAUUACUCUGCUAGAAGGAACCGAGGACAGAAUGUGACAGGACUAAACCUGAGUGGGGAAACAAAUCGUAUUCUACAGCACAUCACAAUACUGCUGCUAGCUCUGUAGUCAACCCCGUGGCUGGCUAUGUGAUAUGCUCUCUUCCCAAAUGCUAGCGAUAGGAUUUUCAGUGGAGGCUGAGCCACCAUGGCAGGCCCUCCCAAAAGUAGCAUGCUAUGUGGGCUACUUAGGGAGCCCAGGAAACUGGUACCCCAUGGCUGAGAGCAGUACCUGCCACUGGCAUAAAGUCCUGCCAAAAAAAGGAAAGGUAAAUAUACCCAACUGAUGAAAGCCCUUGAGAUACAUAUGACUCCCCAAACAGUCCAUUUCGUUAGGAAUUUUAUUGGAGUGAAUGUCACAUAGGUAUCCUUAAUAAUACAGAAUGAAAUUACCUUUGUAUUAUUGUGAUUAGUUGUUGCUUAUUAUUUUAUACUCAGUAUUAAUGUGGUACACUGUUACUUUUUUUUUUGCUUUUGUAAAUUAUAUUCUAAUUUAUUGCCAUGUUUCCUAACACUUGUCCUACAUUCAUUCUCCUGCUUGUAAUGAAAAUGAAAAAGUCAUUGUAACACUUGAUGGAGUGAAAUUCCACACCAGGCACAGAUUUUUUUUUUAACAUAGAUAAUUUAGUAAAAAUAAAAAUUCAGCUUGUAAGAAUGA